UGAGAUUUGUAUUUGCCGCGCUUUACCAGUCCAGCAGCCAUGGCGUCAAUCGAAACGCCGCGUGUUGGAAAGGAAGAAUUGCUGGCCAAGCUAGCGGAGAUGGGACUUGACUGUGAUACCCAUGAACACCCUGAGGUGUAUACCGUAGAGCAGGCAAUUCCUCAUGUGGCUCAUCUAGAGGGAAUGUUUGCCAAGAAUCUGUUUCUCAGAGACAAGAAGAAGAAACUGUAUUUAUUCUGUGCUGCACAUGAUGCCGACAUUAAAUUAAAUGACUUGGCUAAAGCUGUGAAGGCACCAGGUGGGCUGCGAUUUGCGGACGAGAGUGUUCUGUCGGACAAGCUUGGACUGCGGCAAGGUAGCGUCACUAUAUUUGGGCUGAUCAAUGAUAAAGCAAAAGAUGUGCAGUUACUCAUGGAUUCGCGUUUCGUAGGAGACAACUACACCAGACUCUACUUCCAUCCAAUGACCAAUGCAGCCAGCACUGGCAUCUCGCCUUCAGAUCUGAACAAGUUCCUUGAGGCAGUGGAUCACAAGGCUACCCUUGUGGACAUCGGUGCCAUACAAGCUGCAGACUAGCUCGAGUGAGGCACUGAAUGACUGACACUUCAUCUGCCCUGGCUGUACACCACGAUUCAAUAUUACCAUUGCACUUUCUAAAAAUGAUUAACCAGAAAUAUAAUAUCCGUCUGCCAGUGCCACUUCAGUCUAUAUAUUUAGCAGGGAAGAUAGGAUGCACUUAACAGUACAUGUCUCACAAUGAAUCUCUCAGUUGCACAGACUGAAUCUCAUUCAUCCUCUUACCUUCAGAUUUUAGUGUCCAUCGGUCUCAGGGAAUUUCUGUCAAUUGAACUACUGGUUGCCACAUAAUACAGUUGUUGUACCUCUUUA